AUGGGCGAGCGGUCCUUGAUCUCAGUGGCUAUAAUCGGCGGCGGUCCCGGUGGACUGGGAACCGCCAUAGCCCUCGCACAAAUACCAUUUCUUAAUGUGACACUCUACGAGAAAAAUCCCGAGCCACGUGAAACUGGCGCAGGUAUAAGUCUAGGCGCCAAUGCGUGGAAAGUUUUGGAUCUGCUGGGUGCAAGUCAGGGUGUUAAAGGAGGCUCCAAGUCUAACACGCAUCAAAGAAACGCAUACAAUGGUAAAGUGCUCAACGUGGUUGAGCAUCCCGAAACAUCGGAUGCCGAGAGUCGUGGGUCCAUUCGUGCUCGCAGAACCCGAUUACAGUCGGCACUCCUGGCCAGAGUACCCGAGGGCAUUAUCCAAUUCAACAGGAAACUUGUUCACCUGGAGGAUCUGACAGAUUCUGGGGUACGGUUAGUAUUCCAGGAUCAGACGGAAGUGGUUGCGGACCUCGUGGUCGGGGCUGAUGGGAUUCAUUCUGGCGUGAGAAAAUAUCUCUUCCCCGAGCAUAAGCUUCGUUUUACUGGAAAUACAGCAUGGCGCGUCCUGAUCCCCAAUUCCCGUCUCACUGAUAUUCCGGAAAUCACUACCACAACGGCUUGGUGGUGGGGUGAAUCCGGUCAUGUCUAUUUUUCGGACGUGGAUGAAGAGUAUGAACAGUCUGAUCCAUUGUUUGAGAUUACUAUCCGGUCAUAUAAUGAGCCUGAGAUUCCUGGUAAGACGGUUGGUUGGGGAAUUCCGGCUACCAACAAAAGGGUGUUCGCUCGUGUUAAAGAGUUCGAUAGAAGGAUAAGAGACGCAGUCAAUCUUGUUGGGGAAGGUGAAUGGUGGGAAUUUGCAGGAUUCGCAGGGCCUCGUCUGGACAAAAUCAUCGGAUGGAACAAAAUUGCUCUUAUUGGCGACGCUAGUCAUCCCCUGUCAGGAGCCUUUGGUUCCGGAGCGACAUUCGCCAUGGAAGAUGGCUGGAUUCUCGCCCGAGCUCUUGAGUACACGCAGUUUUUAUUUCAUCCCAUACAAGAUGCCUUGGAGAUAUUCGACAAGAUUCGCACUCCCUACUACAAUAAAAUAUAUGAGCAUCUAGAUGAAAGUCAAGAGAAAAUGCAGCAGUUUCGCGCACAAAACAAGGAGUUUGAUGCGAUUCUUCAAGCAAAGAUCGACCUUAUGCUCUAUGGAGAUAAGGAUUUCAUCUACAAGAAUGAUAUCUCGAAGACGUGGAAGGAAUAUUUUCAGGAUGAAAAGAGACAACAUAGACCUUGA